UAUUUUUGGAAGGAAAUAAGAAGCUCUAUUCAAAGUCGUCAACAGUAUCAUUUCCAAUUUGUGGUAGCACAUCUGACAGUACAAAAAGCAACAAUGAGGCAUCAUUGACCAAGAAGAUCCAUUUGCCUUUGCAGGGUGUUUUCAUUUUCACAGUGUAGUGAUCUGUUCAAAAGGUGCAAUUAUGUGCUCAACUGGUGCAGUGGCAUGCCCAGUAUGCUUGGUUUGCCCCAGCCAAAGAGAAGAAGAGUGCCUAUACCUCCAAGCAACAAUGGGACACUCAAGAAGGUCUCAUACAGUGACAUCAUUAAAGCUACCAAUUGGUUUUCUUCAAACCAUAAAAUUAGUUCAACCCAAACUGGAUCAAUUUAUGUUGGUAGGUUUAAGUCUGAGAAACGCCUAGUUGCCAUUAAAGUAUUCAACUUGAAUCAACCUGGUGCAUAUGAGAGUUAUUUUAUUGAGUGUGAGGUGCUACGAAGCACUCGCCAUAGAAACAUAAUGCGGCCACUGACCCUAUGCUCAACAUUGGACCACGAAAACCAUGAGUUCAAGGCACUAAUCUUCAAGUUCAUGGUUAAUGGUAGCCUUGAAAGAUGGUUGCACUCUGAGCAGCACAAUGGAAUCCCAGAUAGAGUACUAUGCUUAGGCCAGAGGAUAUCCAUUGCAACUGAUGUGGCCACUGCUCUUGAUUACAUCCACAACCAUGUAAUGCCUCCUUUGGUCCAUUGUGAUUUGAAGCCGAGCAAUAUCCUCUUGGAUGUUGACAUAACCGCGCUUCUUGGUGACUUUGGAUCAGCAAAGUUUCUAUUUCCUGAUCUGGUCAGUCCAGAAAGCUUGGCUGAUAUAGGAGGAACAAUUGGAUACAUUGCACCAGAGUAUGGAAUGGGCAGUCAAAUCUCAACGGGAGGCGAUGUGUAUAGUUUUGGAGUGCUACUUCUGGAAAUGCUUACAGGAAAGCAGCCAACUGAUGAUACAUUUGCGGAUGGAGUUAGCAUUCACAACUUUGUUGACUCCAUGUUCCCAGAUAGAGUUGCAGAGAUUCUAGAUCCCUAUAUGACGCACGAGGAGCACCAAGUGUAUACAGCAGAAUGGUUGGAGGCCUGUAUUAAGCCGUUAGUUGCACUUGGCCUGUCAUGUUCCAUGGUAUCUUCGAAAGACAGACCUGGAAUGCAAGAUGUCUGUGCGAAACUUUGUGCAGUCAAAGAAACUUUUCUGCAGUUUGGCGAUUUCAGUUUGUGAUAGAAGUUCUGUAAUUGCAGGCAUACAUGAAACUUUUAACCAGGCAGCAUGUGAGCUUAUUCGUUUAAAUUCAUAUAUAUAAUUUUCAGGGAGGAACAGUAAGGAUUUUCUUGAGGCAAAGUUCACUAAAUUCUUAUAUAUUUUCUUUGCCAUGAACUAGAGGAUGAAUGCAUUCAGUUACCUGUAAUCAGUACCAAGUUCAGUUACAGUUGGAAGGUGCUGUGGUUUCCAUUAGAAUGUGCUAAAUUUGGGUCAUUGGUUAGAAGCUGAAAAGUCAGGUUUUAGAGGAAAACCCAAAAUGUAUUAGGGGGUCAAUAUUGUUCUGGGUUUCAGCUCGCCGGCUCCUGCAGAAUCUUCAUGUCAUAUGGAUUUUGUGUCGUCACUAAUUUUAAUUGACGAUUUUGGUCGAUGAAAACAAAGGUUGAUCUUAACUAGAAAAUGCUCUGAUCAGUGAUCCAAUUUAUUUUAACAACAACAGACUGACAGAGCCAACUGUCGUUGUAACGUCUGUUUAUUCUUGAUAAUAUAAUCAUACUCAGUAACAAACAAUCUUUCCUAACUGAACUGUAGCAUGUAUGGAAUUAUAUUGUUUAUUG